UUGUUAUCAUAUGACAACAAUGUGAUCUUCGUACAAAGCAGUUUUACAAAGCAGUACUCGGGCAUGACACUGAUAAGAAACUCUGUCAUGAUUACUGUGACAUUUGUAUUAAUUCUUUUUGUGUUCGGGUGUCAUGGAUCUCAGAAGAGUGCGACAGUUUACUACAAUCGCGGUCAAGGUUAUAGUUUAAAGUUUGGUGUGGUAGACAAGUUGAUGGGGGUGGCAUAUGGCACAUUUGAAGACUCUCUAAACACUACAGGCUGGUAUGAGCUGAACAUUGUGUCUGGCACUGGGAUCGAGCCAUACAAUGAUGAUGUCAUCAUGCAUGCUGCUGGUUAUCUUGAGGGAGCUUUAACUGCAAGUCAAAUAAAUGAUAAUUAUGCAAAUUUAUAUGGAGUAUUCUUCAAAUCGGAAGAUGACCCAAUGGUGGCAAAGGUGGAAAAGUUUUUUAUUGAGCAGGAUAUAUGGAUGAGAAAAAUGAUAGCCCUUAAGUCCAGUAAUAGUUCUUUUUGGAGACAAAUGGGAAAUAUCAUAGCACAAUUUGAUGGUCUAGUAGAAGGAUAUCAGAAAUACCCAGCGACAGACAAAGCACUUGGGGUGUUUGCUUUUCAAAUGCUGAAUGGAGUUGGAGAUUUAUUAGAUUUGACAAAAGCCCUAAUGCCAGAAAGGAUGGCGGACUGGGACCACAUGACCGAGAAGGAAAUCCUGGAAAAGGUUGCCAUGGAUGGUCAUUGCUCAGCACUGAUUAAGGUACUCCCAGCAUACGAAAACGUGUUUGCAUCACAUGUAAGUUGGUUCACAUACAGCGCCAUGUUAAGGGUCUACAAGCACUAUCACUUGAACCUAAAGGACGAAACUACAGCUGCCCAAAGAAUGUCUUUUUCAAGUUAUCCGGGCUUCUUAGAAUCUUUAGAUGACUUCUAUAUCAUGGACAGUAAGCUAGUGAUGCUUCAGACUACCAAUAACGUCUUCAACAAAUCUCUGUACGAGCAAGUUGUACCAGAAUCUCUGUUUUCCUGGCAGCGUGUCCGUCUAGCUAACCUGGUCGCCUCAAGUGGACGCCAAUGGGCUGAUAUUGUUGGGCAAUACAACUCUGGAACUUAUAACAACCAGUACAUGGUCUUGGACCUGAAGCUCAUCCAACUCAACAACACAAUCCAGGACAACGCUUUGUGGGUUGUGGAACAAAUACCAACUCUUGUAGCAAGUGGAGAUCAGACAGCCAUUCUACGAGCAGGAUAUUGGCCUUCCUACAAUGUUCCUUUCUAUGAGCUGGUCUACAAUUUAAGUGGUUAUCCUGAUUUUGUGGCAAGGCAUGGUGUGCAGUUCUCCCAUGAACUUGCUCCACGAGCCAAGAUAUUCCGCAGAGAUCAAUCAAUGGUUCAUGAUCUGGACAGCAUGAAGCACAUCAUGCGUUAUAACGACUUUCAGCACGACCCAUACUCCCAGGGAAACCCAAUGAAUGCCAUUUGCUCACGGGGUGAUUUGAUAGCAGACGGACCUCGAGCUAGUGGCUGCUACGACGGCAAGGUGACAGAUUUUACUAUGGCGCAGUCACUCAUUUCCCACGCCAUCAAUGGACCGACGCACGAGCAACAAGUCCCAUUUCACUGGAGUCAGUACCAGUUUAAAAACAAACACGAGGGCCAGCCUGACCUCUUCAACUUCGAUUUCGUUGAGAUGAAGCCUAAGUUCUGAUCUGGUCAUCGUUGUCACGUCUGCAUGUCACUUUAUUUACAUGAUACAACAAUUGUUUUAAGAAAUUGUAUUUUAAUAAUCAAUUUUUUUUUUUCAUUUUUCUCACAUACGAUUUUUAACGAGGUGUCAUGUUCUCAUAUACAAUUUUUUUACUAGAUGGGAAUUUUUGAAGAGGUAUUUUUUUAUCGAGAUUCACAAAUAAAAAGAUUUCACAUGUUGUA